AUGAUUGUUGAGACGCAACAGUCAGAAGAAUCCGGCACGCUCCGUUGGAUUACCGGUGAUGUGCGUGCCAUUCAUGAUAGACAUCAUGAUUUCCGGCUUGCGUUUGCUUGCUUAUGUCGGCAAAAUUUCCUCAAUGUAGAGCUAGAUCUUCACACACCAAGCCACGAAGAAUUUAAACAGUACCUUAAAUAG